UAAACAUAUUAAUACCCGAAUAAAGAAAACAGUAAAAUAUUUUAGGAGGAAUAGAAAAGAGAAACGAACAGAUUGUGGGUGUUUCAAUUUCAGGCACAUCCCUGUUUUGAGUUUUCAUCUUCAUCCCUCUCUUUCGAUCUCUCUCUCCAAGUACCUGUAUAAUAUGGGACAAAACGGGAAGAAUAAAAAUCCUGAAGAGGGGACUUCUAAUCCUCAAUCAUCAGAAAAAGUUAAGGAUACUAAUCCUGCUGAAGGAUCUAGUAAACCAGAGCAGAGUAACAAGAAUACUCCACAAUCCCUGAAGGCUAAAUCUAAAAUUGGUAAGAAAAUCAAGGGUGCUAAGUUAAAGACCAUGAUAAAUAAAGGUCCUCAACAGAUUGGGGGAAAGAGAAGGCUCAGAAAGAACAAAAAAGUAGUGGGCAAUAGUGAUGAACUGCCAAAAGAUAAGAGUGCAGAGAAUGGAAGGAAUAACGAGAAGGAAAGUCAACAUAGGAGCAUCAUUAAUGAAAGAAGUCCUACUGAGAAGAGCCAUCGGGCUGAAAAAAAUAAGAUCAUUAAGGUUGACAAGAGUGAACAGAAGCAGAAGAAUAGUGGGUCGGACCAAGGUGCUGGGAGUAGAAUAAACAAAAAUAAUCAUAGUGGUGAAGACAAUACCAGUUCCCGUGAAAAACAGAGAGAAAAAAUUGCUGGUUUCAUCUUUAUGUGCAGUGGGAAAACAAAGCCAGACUGUUUCCACUAUAGCGUCAUGGGUGUUUCAGCUACUAAGAAAGAUAUUGUUUUAAGUAUCAAGCCAGGAACUAAGCUUUUUCUUUACGAUUUUGAUCUGAGGCUGUUGUAUGGGAUUUACAAAGCUUCAUCUUCUGGUGGUAUGAAACUUGAACCCCGAGCAUUUGGUGGUGGCUUUCCUGCUCAGGUGCGGUUUAAUGUUGUUUCUGAUUGUUUUCCACUACCGGAGAACAUUUUCAAGAAGGCGAUCAAGGAAAAUUACAAUGAGAAGCACAAGUUUAAAACAGAGCUUACUGCUCGACAAGUUAGGAAGCUCACUGAACUUUUCCGACCAGUGGAUGUUCGUUCAGGAUUGCAGCCUGCUCGCUCCCCUCCUAAAGCAAUAAUUCAUGAUAGGAAUGCUCGUGGCGAUGUUAGGGGAUCAUGGUCCCAUUUGCAUAGGAAAGGUGAUCCCCUAACAGAACGGCAAGAGGAGGUUUCUCGUGAUUUAUUUCUUACUGAGAAGAGUUACCGAGCUUAUGGUCUCCAUGGAGAUAGAAGGAAUGUGAUACCAGCGUCUGAUGUUAAUCCUACACUGGAUCCUUAUGAGAGGGAUUAUGAAAGAGAUCGAGAUCACCUUCAUCAUGUGGACCCUCUGUACCGUACAAUUGUUCCUUCUCACAGAGAAAGUCUUCACCUAAAUCGUCGUCAUUUGAAUGAGAGUGAACAUCAGACAUAUUUGCGUGGUGGGAUUUCUGAACACGCAGAUGAUCCAUAUAACCCGUAUCACCCAGGUGGUUCACCAAGGGAUCCAUAUUUUCCACCUAGAGAGGAAAUCCCUUCAGGCUCCUAUUUGGCUGGGGGAAGAACCUUGAUUCAAAGUGAUAGCUUGCAAAGGAGAGAGGCUGUUCAGGAUAGGCUUUACUCAACAUAUUCUGCUGCUGAUGCUUUGUCUGAAUACAAUCGGAUGCAGCACUAUCAGGAUAGUUUGGAAGCUACCGCUGUGCCAGUUUCAUCCCGUUACUCUUUUGCUGGUCCUUCAUAUUCACUUCGCUAAAUCAAACAACCUCUUCUGAAAUCUCCCUUUAUAAUAUGUUCGUUAAGAUUACCAUCUAAUAUGGGGACUGACUCAAUUUCAUUAAAAGAACUGUAAGAAUCCUACAUACUUUUUCGGUUAGGCAACACUCUGAAUUGGGAAAGCGUCAUAUUCACUGUGUUUGAGAUUUGAUGUGCAAAGUGCCAUUGAUAAUCAAUGACAAUUUUCCUUGCAGACCCCAGUUGCUUUGCAAAUUUCACUAUUUGUGACUUAUGGCUAAUUGGCAUGUCAUUUGCUGCUUUGGCAGAUAGGGACAUAUGCAAGCAACAUUUCAAUUGAUUUUUUAAAGUCAGGAUGUUAUGGUCUGCAAGCUUAUAAUUUCUUUAGGAUCUGUUUGGACACCCUGUAUGAAUAUGGAUAUUCUGUAUAAUUCAGUGUUUCUGUCCUAAAAAAUGUAUUAUUUUGUAGUGGCAAAGGUCAAAAGGACAAAAUAUUGUUUGGCAAUUUCUCUGAAAGUGUUAUUAUGCUGAAAGUUCUAUUUUCAUAAGGAA